AUGUCGGCCAUAGAACUGGAUCCCGAGUAUGACUUGGAGAUCUUCAACGGGUUUGGCUCCUCGCCCUUACUGCGUAACCUCUCGCUGGGAAGAAGAACCAAGAAAAGAUGGUCUUUCCAUCUCAACUCCAAACCGAACUUGAUUGACCGUUCCCCCAAUGUUCCUGUUCGCAGAAGACUAAGCGAUGUCACGGGAAUCGACGCGGUGCACAAACAGAUCGAUCCUCAUCAUAUCUCCCCGGCGCAGCUCUAUUCCACGGAGUCCGGAAGGCUCUUCCACGCUGGAAAGAUCUGUAUUGCUUUAGCGGGUUUGCCCGGGAGAGGAAAAACCCAUUUGUCUGUUUCUCUCACACGUUACUUGCGUUGGUUAGGUGUCAAGACACACAGUUUCCACUUGAGCAACUAUCGACGUGCUGCGGCACCCGCAGAUGACUUGGAUCAUGCGUCGUUCGUGAUGUACCCACAUGAUUCUCAGGAGGCGAUGUUCAGGGACAAGACUGUAGAGAACUGUUUGAACGACAUUUUGAACUUUUUCGAGACCGACAAGGGUCAGGUUGCUAUUUACGACGCUGUCAAUGCCACACCGGAGUAUCGUAGACAACUUAACAAGCGGUUCCAAGACGUUAAUAUCCAGUGUAUCUUCAUUGAGCUGACUGUCACCGACGAAAAUAUGUUGAAAAAAAAUAUGGAGCUGGCCGCUCGCUCGCUGCCUGACUACGAGAACUGGAACUAUGAAGACGCUUACAAGGACUACUCAGCACGUAUCAAUGCACUUUCUCCUUACUACAAGGAGAUGUCACAGGACUCGGAGGAUAAAACAUUGGCAUACAUCAAGAUGAUUAAUUUUGGUCAGAGAAUCGAAUUGCACAAUUCCAACUAUGGCUACUUAAUCAACAAAGUCGUGUUUUUCCUUAUGAACUCUCGGAUCAAGCUGGGCUCGGUCUAUUUUGCCAGAUGCUACAAAAACGAAUGGGACUACUCCAAAGAUCCGCCAUUAGAUGAGGGCGGAAUAAAUUACGCCAAGAACCUCACAAAGACAAUGAUCAAGCACUUGAAGUCCAAGGGCAGAGUGUUCGAAGAUGACGGAGAGUCUGGAUUCCUUGCUACAAAGCUCAAGACCACUUUAUCUAUUGAUGAGAAGCACCCGCCAACGGGUGCUGAUGGUGUAGAAGACGACUCUUUUGUGGUUUGGACAUCUGUGAAGAAGAGAACCAAACAGACCACGCAAUUUUUCAAAGAGAGAGGCGUCAAUAUCCGUCACCGGAUUCAAUUGUCCCAGAAAAACCCAGGAGUCGUUGGCGCCAUGACCGAGGAAGAGAUUCGUGAUAACUUUCCUACCGAAUAUGAACUGUUCUUAGCAGACCCAUACCAUCACCGGUUCUCCCGGGCGGAGCUGUACCAUGACUUGGCCAUCAAGAUUGAGCCGUUGAUUCUUGAGAUGGAGCGCAUGAGCGGAGACAUUUUAAUUAUUGCCGACGAGACUGUGCUUAGAGUUUUGCAUGGCUAUCUUAUGGCCUGUUCGUGCUACGACAUUCCAUGGUUGGAGUUCUGUACUGACGAGAUUGUCGAGGUCAAGUUCAAUGCUUACUCCAACACCGCCAGACGUAUUCCGAUCGAAAAUCUGAGUGAUUAG